CGUAGCUCGCAGUGUCCUUCCCCCCUUCGUACCGCUCUCCUUGUGGUGGGGCUGGCGGCGAGCUGGGAGCAGGAACCUAGAGCGCCUGACACCACCUUCGCCGCACCCUUGGGCGAGGCACUCAAGUCCGAGCGUGGCCGCCUUCUGGAACCGAGUAUCUGUUCUUUCUUGUUCGCGGCCGCAAAUACCGCCUCAGACUGAAACAAUCCCUGCUGUCAUGUCGCAAGGGAUCCUUUCUCCGCCAGCCGGUUUCUUGUCCGAUGAGGAGGUCGUAGCCUCCCCCAUGUUUGAGUCCACCGCUGCAGAUUUGGGGUCUGUGGUACGCAAGGACCUACUAUCAGAUUGCUCUGUCAUCUCCACCUCCCUGGAAGACAAGCAGCAGGUUCCAUCUGAGGAUAGUACGGAGAAAGUGAAAGUAUACCUGAGAGUCAGACCUUUGUUACCUUCAGAAUUGGAACGGCAGGAGGAUCAGGGUUGUGUCCAUAUUGAGAAUGUGGAGACUCUUAUUCUACGGGCACCUAAAGACUCCUUUGCGCAGAGGAGCAAUGAGCGGGGAAUUGGACAAGCCACCCACAGAUUCACCUUUUCCCAGCUAUUUGGACCAGAAGUGGGACAGGCAUCCUUCUUCAACCUGACUGUAAAAGAGAUGGUGAAGGAGGUACUCAAAGGGCAGAACUGGCUCAUCUAUACAUAUGGAGUCACCAAUUCAGGGAAAACCCACACAAUUCAAGGUACCAUCAAGGAUGGAGGCAUCCUGCCAAGGUCUUUGGCUCUGAUUUUCAAUAGCCUCCAAGGCCAGCUUCAUCCAACACCUGAUCUGAAGCCCUUGCUCUUCAAUGAGGUAAUCUGGCUAGACAAUAAACAAAUCCGGCAGGAAGAAAUGAAGAAAUUAGCCCUGCUAAAUGGAGGCCUCCAAGAGGAGGAGCUGUCCACCUCCUUGAAGAAGAGCGUUUACAUUGAAAGUCGGCCGGGUACUAGCACCAGUUUUGACAGUGGUAUUGCGGGGAUCUCCUCCACCAGUCAUUUUACCAACAGUAUUCAGUUGGAUGAAACAAGUCACCGAUGGGCACAGCCAGAUACUGCUCCCAUAAGUGUCCCUACAGAUAUUCGCUUCUCCAUCUGGGUUUCUUACUUUGAGAUCUACAAUGAACUACUUUAUGACCUGUUAGAACCGCCUAGCCAGCAACGCAAGAGGCAGACUCUUCGACUAUGUGAGGACCAGAAUGGCAAUCCCUAUGUGAAAGAUCUCAACUGGAUUCAUGUUCAGGAUGCUGAGGAGGCCUGGAAACUCCUGAAAGUGGGCCGUAAAAACCAGAGCUUUGCCAGCACCCACCUGAACCAGAACUCUAGCCGCAGUCAUAGCAUCUUCUCAAUCCGGAUCCUACAUCUUCAGGGGGAAGGGGAUAUAGUCCCCAAGAUCAGCGAGUUGUCACUCUGUGAUCUGGCUGGUUCAGAGCGCUGCAAAGAUCAAAAGAGUGGUGAGCGGCUGAAGGAAGCAGGAAACAUUAACACUUCUCUGCACACUCUGGGCCGCUGUAUUGCUGCCCUGCGCCAAAACCAGCAGAACCGGUCAAAGCAGAACCUGAUUCCCUUCCGCGACAGCAAGUUGACUCGAGUUUUCCAAGGCUUCUUCACAGGUCGAGGUCGCUCCUGCAUGAUUGUCAAUGUGCAUCCCUGUGCAUCUGCCUAUGAUGAGACCCUUCAUGUGGCCAAGUUCUCAGCUCUUGCCAGCCAGCUUGUGCAUGCUCCACCAGUUCAACUGGGAUUCCCAUUAUUGCACUCAUUCAUCAAAGAACACAGCUUGAGGGCAUCUCCCAGCUUAGAGACAAGUGCUAAGUUAAACCCGGGGCUUGAUGAAGACAUUGAAAAUGAAGUUGACAUCUCUAUGUAUGGCAAGGAGGAGCUCCUACAGGUGGUGGAUGCCAUGAAAGCACUGCUUUUGAAAGAACGGCAGGAAAAGUUACAGUUGGAGAUGCAGCUCCGUGAUGAAAUUUGCAAUGAGAUGGUGGAACAGAUGCGACAACGAGAACAGUGGUGCAGCGAACAUUUGGACACCCAAAAGGAACUAUUAGAAGAAAAGUAUGAAGAGAAAUUAAAGAUCCUCAAGGAGUCACUGACAAGUUUUUACCAAGAAGAGCUGCAGGAGCGGGAUGAAAAGAUUGAAGAGCUAGAAGCUGUCUUGCAGGAAGCCAAACAGCAGCCAAUGGCCCAUCAACAAUCAGAGUCCGAAUUGACCCUACGACGGUCACAGAGAUUGAUGGCUUCUUCCUCCAGCCAGCAGCUUCAGGAAGUUAAAGCUAAACUGGAUCAGUGCAGAGCAGAGCUAAACUCUACCAAGGAAGAGCUGCAGAAGUAUCAGAAAAUGUUAGAACCACCACCCUCAGCCAAGCCCUUCACCAUUGAUGUGGACAAGAAGUUAGAGGAGGGCCAGAAGAAUAUAAGGCUGCUGAGGACAGAGCUUCAGAAACUUGGUGAGUCUCUUCAGUCAGCAGAAAGAGCCUGUUGCCACAGCACUGGAGCAGGAAAACUUCGCCAAGCCCUGACCACCUGUGAUGACAUCUUAAUCAAGCAGGAUCAGACCCUGGCUGAGCUGCAGAAUAACAUGAUGCUAGUAAAACUGGACUUUCGGAAGAAGGCAGCCUGCAUCGCGGAGCAGUAUACCAUGCUAAAACUCCAAGGCCAGGCUUCUUCUACCAAAAAGCGCCUUGGAGCCAAUCAGGAAAAUCAGCAACCAAGCCAGCAGCCCCCGGGGAAGAAACCAUUUCUUCGAAACUUACUUCCUCGAACACCCACCUGCCAACGCUCAACCGACUGCAGUCCUUAUGCCCGGAUCCUGCGCUCACGAUGCUCCCCUUUACUAAAAUCUGGGCCUUUUGGCAAAAAGUACUAAGACUGUGGGCUAGGAGAGUACUCGUUGUUCUUGAGGUGGGAAAGCUGCUCAGCUUAAACAGGUCUCUUUCAAGCUUUACCAUAUACCUCAAACUCUGUCCAGAAUGCAAUACUCAAGACAUUGUUUUUCCCCUCUUGUAAUAUAUAAUCACCUAUGUAAUCUCAUGCUUUUUUAUGUAUAUGCACACAAAAAAUUAUAUUAAAGAUAUUAUUCACAUUUUUUAUUUGAAUUCCA